CCCUCGUCUAUUAUCUGCACCAUCCACCCUGCUACGACACGCAUACACCUCGACGGGACUCACCGUUUGAACCCAUUCUCACAUUAUGAUCCGCCGCGCCCCAACAGCGAUCCCCAUGUCCGAUGCAGACGUCCAAGACGUCCGCGAGCUCGUCGACAAGCAGCGCACCCUCGCCAACAUGCGCACCCGCUCCCUCGCCCGCCUCCGCGAGCUCUCCGACCUGCCCGCGUUCGACGCCCAGACGCUCAACACCGUCAAAUCCAUGGGCAUCUUCCCCGGCACGCGCGGCCCCGCCGCCCACGCGCAUGCCCAGGCUCACGGGCACCAGUUUCAGCAGGGAGGAAGCACAAACGCGAGCAUGAAUACGAGCUCGAAUGUGGGAGAUGUUACGGGCGAGACGUCUGCUGCGGACUCAUCAGCAGCAUGAAACACUGCAGUAGAUUUGGUGCAGUGGGUAAUCCCUCUCCAUUGACGCAUUCGUGCCAUCGCCCGUUCAACAUCACAUCCAUGCGUACCAUUCUUCGGAACGUUGGCAAUUUUUUGCUCGCUAGCGACACUAACUAUUCUGGUCCCGAACUCGUUGGGGGUACGUUAUGAUGGGUCAGGAUGGUAAAGACGGUUGUAGAGACAAACUCGUCAGGGCUUUAGCGCGGUCAACACCAGAAGACAAGGAUCGGCAUUCGAUGUAAGCAGGUUGGCAGGAAGGAUCUUAGAGUAUAAGACUAUUUCGUGCUAGCAGACUUGAAGGCACAGUGCCUUAUGAGAUGAAGCCAAAUCAACAUGGCUGCGCUCUUCAGCAGAGCCAAACGGUCGCACGGGUAUCUCGGCCCGAACACAAUCCCCAAGCAUUACAGAGCAAGACCCAUGACCAUGCCAACUCCAGUUUCGCCAAGUUUUCGCCGUCUCAGAGUCUUCAGCCUAAACGCACAAGCGCGUGGCAUGUAUCACGGCAAGCUACAGCGGAGGCGGCAGCGUAGAUAUACUGGAUGGCCCCCUUGUCCAAAGAUCUCAGGAGCAGAGCUUAUCAACCACCGUCGCCGCUCGCCCCACCCGCACCUCGUUCCCCGACGAGCACUCUGAAACUAUUCUGAGAGCCCACAGAUACAAAGACCCACCAUGGACCCGCCGCCCCUCAUAACGCACCGCUACACCGCGGACCCGUCCGCCCACGUCUUCAACGGGCGCGUAUACAUCUACCCCUCGCAUGACCGCGAAACCACCGUCACAGACAACGACAACGGCGACCAAUACGACAUGGUCGACUACCACGUCUACAGCCUCCCUCACAUCCCCGAAUUCUCCUCCGCCCCCGCCAACGCCCAAGAAGAGCUCGCCGCGGGCCUCGUCACGGACCACGGCGCCGUCCUCGCCGCGCCCGCCGUGCCCUGGGUGCAGAAGCAGAUGUGGGCGCCCGACGCGGCGUUCAACCCCAAAGACGGGAAAUACUACCUCUUCUUCCCCGCGCGCGACCACGCCGGCGUAUUCCGCAUCGGCGUCGCGGUGGGCGCCCGCCCCGAGGGGCCGUUCGCGCCCGAGCCCGAGCCGAUCCCGGGGAGCUUCAGCAUCGACCCGGCCGCGUUCGUCGACGACGACGGGCAGGCUUAUUUGUACUUUGGCGGGAUAUGGGGCGGCCAGCUGCAGUGCUGGCGCGACACGUCGCAGUUCGAUAAGGAAGCGUACAAGAGCAUGGAGGCGUCCGGUGACGACGACGAGCCCGCGCUCUUCCCCAAGGUCGCGCUGCUCGCGCCGGACAUGCGGAGCUUCGCCGGGCCCGUGGCGGACCUCGUCAUCCUCGACGACGACACCGGCGCGCCGAUCCACGCCUCCAGGCACGACAAGCGGUUCUUCGAGGCGAGCUGGAUGCACAAGCGCGACGGCAGAUAUUACUUCUCGUACAGCACAGGCGACACGCACUUCCUCGUGUACGCCGUGGGCGAUAGCCCACUGGGGCCGUUCACGUAUGGCGGGAGGAUUCUGGAGCCCGUGCAGGGGUGGACGACGCACCACUCCAUCGUCGAGUUUGGGGGGAGGUGGUGGCUGUUUUACCACGAUACGAGUCUGAGCGGGAAGAACCACUUGAGGAGCGUCAAGGUGCGCGAACUGCUGUAUGAUGACGAGGGGAGGAUACGGCUGGCGCAGCCGCAGCCGACGGUGCCGGUGUAGGGAUCGGAGCGACUGAGAUUGAGAGUACACAAGAGAGUAUACAGCAUCGGUAUAGAUCGUGGAAUAG